CUCCAUCAUGGUUCAGGUUCUGCUUCAGGAAUAAUUCCACCAUCCCUAUAUAAACCUCCUCACCCACACUCCUUUUCUUCCCCACCCAGUUCCGCAUAUCCUUCAACAAUUCAAUCCACUCAGCAGAAACCCACACGAUCUUCCACAAAAUGGGUUCACCCGAAGAAUCCUAUGCUAUUGACCUCAUCAGGCGCCAUCUUCUAGACGAUGUUUUCUUUGAAGCUUCUUCUAACAGUCCUGAAAUUUCCCAAUCCUCGUCUUCCUCUGUUUCUUUAAUCUCCGAUCAUAAAGAUGACAGCUUUUUCCCAGAAUUUGAAUCCUUCAAUCUGCCGAGUUGCAGCCCUGUUGAUCUAGAUUGCUUCGAAUUCGACCCGGAACCGAACCCGCCGCCGGUUGUUUCGAGCUCUCCGAGGAAGAAACCUACCCUUAACAUCGAAGUUCCUCUGCCCCAGCUCAAGACAGCUGCAGUGACGGUGAUUCAAGAUUCCGGUGACCAGAAGAGACACUACCGGGGAGUGAGGCAGCGGCCGUGGGGGAAAUUCGCGGCGGAGAUCCGCGACCCGAACCGGAAAGGGGCCCGGGUCUGGCUGGGAACGUUUGAUACGGCGGUGGAGGCCGCCAAGGCCUACGACAGGGCGGCGUUCAGGCUGAGAGGAAACAAGGCUAUCAUUAACUUCCCACUGGAGGUUGAGAAUUUCCGGCAGGGGACGGAGCCGUCGCGGAGCGGUGGCCGGAAAAGGAGAAGAGAAUCGGAUGCAGGGGAUGAGGUGAUUGUAACGAAGGAGCUGAAAAGGGAGUUGAGUGAAGAAUCUUACACGCAGUCGGUCGCCGGAGUUGCUGCUCCGCCGUUAACGCCGUCGAGCUGGACGGCGGCUUGGGAAUUCGACGAUGAUACGAAGGGGAUGUUCGAAAUACCGCCAUUAUCACCGCUAUCACCAAGUUGGUUUAAUUAUGGGAUUAAAGUUUGAGAAAUUGCUGCAAUUUUUAAUUAUGCAUUAGGUAGAGAGAAAGAGGCACGCCUGACUAAGUCCGAGGUGAAAAUCCAACGUAUUUGAUUUAUUUAUUUAUUUAUUUAAAGCUUUAUACGGAGUACAUAAUUAUUAUGAAUGUGAAUAUGUUACUCCAUUCUCACUAUAUCAUGAAAGAAUGAAAGCCAGAUUUUUGUUGUUUAUGCAAUUUUUUAUCGUCAUCUAUAUUUUUAAAUUUAUACUCCGUAUUUGAGAAUGAAAGCCAGAUAUUUGUUCUAUUCUCUAGAUAAAACUUAACCUUAC